AAUAUAUCUGCUUAAAUGUGGCAUUCAACUAAACAAAGGAUAUCGAGCGGGAACAAACCGCUUCAUCUCGUUUAAAAAGAGCCAAUGGCCAGCAGAGGUCACACAUUAGCCAAUCACAUGUCAGUGUACUGUCUCCGCCCUCUGAGCUCACGGUCUUCUAGUCUUUAAAAGCCGCUUGCUGAGUGUAGUUCUGCAUUCGCUUUUCUGCAAAGAAGAGUUUUGACUUCAGUCAUGGCAAGAACAAAGCAGACCGCUCGUAAAUCCACCGGAGGCAAAGCGCCCAGGAAGCAGCUCGCUACCAAAGCUGCACGUAAGAGCGCCCCAGCUACCGGCGGUGUGAAGAAACCUCAUCGUUACAGGCCCGGUACUGUAGCUCUGAGGGAAAUCCGCCGCUAUCAGAAAUCCACUGAGCUGUUGAUCCGUAAACUGCCUUUCCAGCGUCUGGUGAGAGAAAUCGCCCAGGACUUCAAGACUGACUUGCGCUUCCAGAGCUCCGCCGUCAUGGCCCUGCAGGAGUCCAGCGAAGCUUAUUUAGUCGGCCUGUUUGAGGACACCAACCUGUGCGCCAUCCACGCCAAGAGGGUCACCAUCAUGCCCAAAGACAUCCAGCUGGCUCGCCGCAUUCGUGGUGAACGCGCUUAAACUCAACAUCACCCACAUCAACACAAAGGCUCUUUUAAGAGCCACCACAAUUCCACUGAACGAGAGAAUUUCUUUAAAUGCUUUUAAAAAUUAAACUAAACCUUUUCAACUUCUGAAUAGUUUUAAGAAAAAUACAUGAACAUUAAAACGAUCAAUAAA